AUGUCAUCACUUUUGAUAGAGGAAAACAGAGUUGCAGUGCAACUACCAACAGAGGUACCUGUUAAAACCAGACAACUAUCAGUUUUGAUCGAUGAUGUUCACACCGAUAUAGUUCUAUCAUCAUUUCAAAAUCUGAUAUUCGUCAGUAUAUCACAAACUAAUAAAUUUUCGACAUGGAUUAAAGCAUGUAAACAAAUGGAUGGUUUCGCAGCGGAAGAAGCAUGCUUUGAAGUAGUGACACUGUUGGGUAGUAAUCAAGACACUCUAUUGACAAUCUAUGCAAGACAACUCAUUGAAAAUAUAUCGUUAUCAUCAAACAAAGAUUUAUUACUCUCGAUUGCACUCUCUAAUAAAUCAAAAGAAACAUUCAAAGCAAUACUUACUUUAAUAUUUGGACAUAAAGUAUGGUAG